UGGAUAAGUAGACUAGCUGCCCACUUAAGUUUAGUGAUAACCAAGCACCAAAGCUACUGCACAAAGACAUAUUGUUUUAAUGUUUGGGAUGUGUUUUAUGGUGGUUUUAUUUCACUCGCUAAAGCAUGGACCGAAUAGUCGAUGAUAUUGCGGACAGCGGGGGAAUAGAAGUGAUUAUUCAAAAUGAGCCGGGCAAAACAGCGCCAUGUUGUCCACAUGGACCAGCUCUGUUAUUUGAGAAAACAGGCAAUGGAGAAGAGAAAGGAAGGAGAUUCUACGCGUGUUCUGCUUGUCGUGACAGAAAAGACUGCAAUUUCUUUCAGUGGGAAGACGAGAAGAUAUCAGAGGCAAGGAUGCUUGCCAGAGAGGAGCAGAUCCGCUCCAAGAUGCCUUCUUUUACUCACCAUGAAUACUGCUCAAGAUUUCGAGAAAUUGUUACUCUGCCACUGGAGCAGAGAAGAUUCUGUGUGGAUUGUCAGCUGUUGAUCCUUCCCGGUGAAUGGGAGAAUCACAAAAAACACAAAGGACUUUCUGAGGACAUCACAGUGCAGCGUCUGAAAAGGCCCAGUCUCCUUCUGCGUCCUCUGGAGAACAAGAAGAGCAAUGCACAAUACUUGUUUGCAGACCGGAGCUGUCAUUUCCUACUGGAUAUGCUAGCGGAGUUGGGCUUCCAGAAAAUCGUCUGUGUGGGAACACCACGAUUGCAUGAGUUAAUAAAGUUGAGGAAUAUGGAGGCCAAGAGUCAUACCAUGAAGAGUUUAUUGCUGGAUAUUGAUUACAGAUACUGCCAGUUUUAUGGGCAAGAUGAAUUCUGCCACUAUAAUAUGUUCAACCAUCACUUCUUUAACAAGGAAGCGGUUACGUUUUAUGAAGAGUUUCUGUCUGAAGAGGGCGGAGACAAAGUUGUCAUGGUAACAGACCCACCUUUUGGAGGCCUAGUGAAGCCACUAGCCAACAGUUUCAUUCGAAUAUCAAUGACUUGGAAAAAAAGUCAAAAUAAAGAGAGCAGUGCGGGUGAGCUGCCGAUGAUCUGGAUAUUCCCAUACUUCUUUGAAUCUCGUAUCCUUGAGUGCUUUCCCUCAUUCUCUAUGCUGGAUUACCAGGUCGAUUAUGAUAACCACCCUCUAUAUAAACAUGGAAAGACCGGCCGUAAACAGUCACCUGUUCGACUUUUUACCAAUCUGAGUCCUAAAGAUAUCAUUCUACCAGUGGAUGAGGGCUAUAGAUUUUGCAGUGUUUGUGAAAGAUAUGUUUCUGUAGGAAACAAGCACUGCCCAAAGUGUAAUACAUGCCCAUCAAAGGAUGGGCGAGAAUGGAGACACUGUGAUGAGUGCGGACGGUGUGUUAAGCCUUCAUGGCGACAUUGUUCCUCAUGUGGUCACUGUGCUCUCCCUGAUCACCCGUGUGGCCAGAGCAAAACUGGCUGUUUCAAUUGUGGCAGUCAAAAACACAAAUUUAGAGCCUGUCCUAAAAAACACAAUAAACGAAUGCUUGUGGAAGUUGGCCGUGGAGCUCCAUGCGUGUUAAAACAUGCUGCAAAGAAACCCACUGCUAAAAACAACAAGAAGAAAAGAGUUAGAUGAUGUCUCGCACACAGACAGAUCAUGUGCAUCAUGGAAAUUAUGGUUUUGAGGCUGCUAAAUAUUGCAUCACACAAUCACGAAGGUGUGAAGUGUCAAUGCUAUACAUACCAGAAAGUUAUUUUAUACAGUAUGUACAUGCUCUCUCUGCAUUUUAUUUUGCAAGCAUGUGGUCUGUGAUAAGGUAGUAGUAUGACAAGUUUAUGACACUAGGCACCUUCUCAGGACAUUUGAAACAUUGUGUGAAAAUAACCAACAGUGUCUGGUAUAACUAUUCAAAGAGGUUUGUUCGUGUUGGAUCAAGCAGUGCAUAAAACCUUUGAAUACAUUUACUGUGACCAAUACUAUUAGAAUGGAUGUCAUAUUAAAGGGACACUACACUUUUUUUGUAAAUAUUCUCAUUUAACAGCUCCUCUGGAUACCGUUUUGGAAUCCAUUCAGCUGAUCUCCGGGUCUGGCACUACCAAUUUUAGCAUAGCUUAGCAUAAUCCAUUCAAUCUGAUUAGACCAUUAGCAAAAGAGUUUUUAUAUUUUUCCUAUUGUAAACCUGACUAUUCUGUAGUUACAUUGUGAACUAAGACCAACAGAAAAUGUAAUAUUUUCUAGGCAGAUAUGGCUAAGAAUUAUGCUCUCAUUCUGGCGUUAAAUAAUCAAGGACUUUGCUGCCGUAACAUGGCUGCAGGAGGCGCAAUGAUAUUAAUGCAGCAGCCGAAAAUAGUCCCCUUAGUAACUUUCAACAGCAGGGGACUUAUUUCGGGUACUGCAUAAUAUCAUUGCUGUCCAUGUUACGGCAGCAAAGUCCUUGAUUAUUACGUCAGAAUGAGAGUAUAGUGCUAACCAUAUCUGCCUAGAAAAUAGCAACUUUUAAUUUUCCGUCGGUCUUAGUACACGAUGUAACUACAGAAGAGUCAAGUUUUAAAUAGGAAAAAUAUCGAACUCUUUGGUCAUUUUUGUGUGAUGCUAAUGGUCUAAUCAGAUUCAAUGGAUUAUGCUAAGCUAUGCUAAAAGUGGUACAGCCAAACCCAGAGAUUGGCUGAAUGGAUUCCGAAACAGUAAAAAUCAAAUGUUUAACUCUAGGAGCUGGAAAAUAAGUGUCCCUUUAAGCAUCUUUCAUCAGAAACUCUAUUAAAGUCUGUGCAAAUUUAUUUUAAAUGAGUGUUUUGAGUUUGUCACAUAACAGAAAAAUGUGUUAUUAACCACCCAGCCAAAUUUGUAUGAUAAAAACACCAAGUAAAUAAAAUAAGUUAUCAAAAA